AAUAAACAUUACACAAAGUGUCCAGUACAUAGUAGCUGACUGUGUUGCCGGCAAAAUUUAGAGCAGAUUUUCAACAACAUUUCUCAAUAAUUUCAGUAAUUUGCAAUGGGCUCCAAUACUAAAAGAACUGUUUAUGUUGGUGGUCUUGCGGAAGAGGUGGACGAGAAGGUCUUACACGCUGCAUUCAUUCCGUUUGGUGAGCUGGUGGACAUUCAGAUGCCGAUUGACUAUGAAACAGAAAAACACCGCGGCUUUGCCUUCAUCGAGUUUGAAGCAUCCGAGGAUGCAAUGGCCGCAAUUGAUAAUUUGAAUGACUCCGAGCUCUUUGGCCGGACAAUUCGAGUGAACUUUGCCAAACCUCAGAGGAUCAAGGAAGGCAGCACGCGACCAGUUUGGUCUGAGGACACGUGGCUGCAGCAGCAUGCAGGCGAAACACUUGAAAAGAAAGACGACAAGAAGCCCGAGGGCGAGCAAUCUGAAACCGCUGACCAAACUGGCGAACCACCUUCAAAGAAGGCUAAGAAAAAUCCACAGGUGUAUCUGGACAUUACUGCUGGGAAGUACCCUCUUGGCAGGAUUGUUAUCAUGCUGAGAGCCGAUGUCGCUCCCAAGACAGCCGAGAAUUUCCGCUGCCUAUGCACCCACGAGAGGGGCUUUGGAUUCCAAGACUCUACUUUCCACAGAAUCAUUCCUGGAUUUAUGUGCCAAGGUGGAGAUUUCACAAAUCACAAUGGAACAGGUGGCCGAUCGAUUUACGGUGGGAAAUUCGAUGAUGAAAACUUCCAGCUGAGGCACACAGGAUUAGGAGUGGUUUCCAUGGCCAACUCCGGCCCAAACACAAACGGAUCUCAGUUUUUCCUCUGCACAGGAAGAUGCGAGUGGCUUGACGGAAAGCACGUUGUAUUCGGACACAUAAUCAGCGGAAUUGACGUUCUCAAGAAAAUGGAGAAAUACGGUACGAAAAGCGGAAAGCCAACAGAGAAGGUUAGCGUCAGCUCUUGCGGUGAAGUUGUUUAGCCUGAUCUAACCAUGAAAUAAUGUAAAUAGGUCUUACUUAAAAUAUAAUUCAUUAUUUCUUUAA